AUGAAUGCGUCUAAAGUGGUUACGAAGACCUCGAAACAAAAUCAGCGUAAAAAAUUACGACGUUAUGCAGAAUUCCGAAAACAAGCCGUUAUGACGACGAACGAGAGAAUAACAUCUAAUAAUGAGGACAUCGACACAUUAGUUCCGGAAAUUUUCUACCAGCCGGAAAAAACAGGUCUAGGGGCCGAUUUCACCCUCCCUUACCAAGCUUACUUUACCUUUAUUCGUUGGGUUGUAAUCGACAAACUAUUAUUAUCGCCACUUGCGAGGAGAGAAAUUACACGCAGGCAUAGAAAUCAACCUAAGACUCGCAAGAUGACCACAGAAGAGAUUCGAAAUUAUAUUUUGCUUGAAUGGAUUUCGGAGGAUUUUCUACCGAGCGAUCUUAAACCAAGUAACCUCCGGCAUUCUUCAAUCUACACAGAUCCUCGCUUCACCUUUCAGGAAAAAUUUUUAGAAAAGAGGUGUCAAAGAUUAGUUGUUCGGGAGAUGCUUAACCAGAAGUUACUUCCUCCAAAUAGCGUAAAACCUGGCACCUUUACUCUUAAUCUCAAUACACUUUCUAGCGAUUAUCUCAAUAUAGUUUCGGAUGUAAUUCAAAAGAAUUUAUAUGAAGGGGAGUUUAACGAUAACAAAAAAUCCUUACCACCACAAAGUAUCCAGCAAAUUCUAACUUCCUCCGAAAUACCAACAAAUUUUAUGGAAUUGCUAGAGUCGGAAGUUUUCAAUCGUACCAGUUUAGAUACAGAGUAUCCUACUUUGCAGAAGAAUCCUUUAGCAUUAGUGGAAUCUCCUAUGGAGAAAUUAUUAUGGAAAAAUUUCGCUCUUUGGGGGUGUUUCGUAAUUGCACAAGAUAAAUCGCUAGAAAGAUAUAUACACGAAACAUUUUUACGGCAUCCGAGUGAUAAACUCUAUAUUGCCAAAGAAUCUACUACAACUGUUGCAAGGGGUACUAAUCUUAAGGGUUAUCAACAUAUUUUUAACCCGCAAUGCAUUGUGAAUACUUUCGGAGAAACCAUAGUGGAUCUUUUCAAUUUUUAUAAUCAAAUAGUCAUAGAGAAUGUUAGAAUGGUGGUGGAUCAAUACUAUCAACACACUCUCACUCACCCUUCACACCAAUCAAAACAAUUCGCAAAGGACUUGAUUGAACAUUUUGGUAGUUUUGCAGAUAGUAAUAACUUACCAUAUACCACUGCAAACACCGCAUCCUCCCAUUGCGAAGAACAUCAAAAAUGCGUUCGAAAUUUACUACAAGGAUUACAACCGAUUUCUGGGGCUGUUAAUAAAUAUCUUAAAACCACAUAUCCGAUUUUAUAUUCCAAGAUGGAGAAGCUUGAUCUUGGGUCGAAUUUUGGCUCUCUUUUCGCCGAUUACGACUUGGACUGGGAUAGCAAUGAGGAUGAGCCAUUACCAAAAUAUCUUCCACCAACACUAGGUUCUGGAGAUGAGGUGAAACUAAAAAAUCAUAGGCGAAUGAAUGUAGAUUUGGAACGCGCAAGAAAAGGCUUACCAGCACGGUAUAAGAAAUAA